AUGUCCCGAUAUGAAGUACUCCAAAACGUAGAUGAAGACGGGCGUCAACUUGAAGUGGAGGAUGUUGAGCACGAAUUCAAAACUCCAAGGAUCAAAGUCGGUUCGGUAAAUCUUGAAAAACGAAAUCAUAAUAAACUAGGAAAAGCAGCAUCAAAGAUAGCCGAACUGGGAAUACCGAGGAAAAAUACAGAAUCGUGCUGUCUCCAGAAAAAAACAACGACGGUCUGGAAGCAUUAUGAUCAAGCGAAAUCUCCUUACACUUUUUCUCUUGUUAGUGUUUACCAAAAAGAAACGAGAGCUUUGAAAUUACAAGAUGACAAAAUACGCUCAAUUGCGACAAGACAAAUUCAACAAAACUAUCACUUCCCUCAUUUUCAGUCUCGAUGA